CUGUUAUUACAAUAAGAUGCAAUGUAGAUGUGUGUGUCUGUCUGAUUCUGAUUUCAACAACCAACGGACCAAAAGGUGCGCUGCGAGAAUCGCGCGGAGGGUGCCUCAAGUCUCGCGGUAUCUGCGUCGGUGUGUAGUGACCAGGCGUCACUAUCAUCCAGUUCAUUGGAAUUUGCUGCAAAGCGCAGGAAUCGGUGACAUUUUGGAUCGUGGGUCCGCCAAUAACAUGUCAGUGAAAACGAUGUAGCGGUUUCGGUUUCAAAUUAAGUGACGUGUUUCUACAGUGGGCAUGCUUUAUUGUUGUUGAGGUAAGCCCCUUGUUCCGUGGUCGACCGUAAUAUUGUUAAAUUAGCUAAUACAAGCUAGCGUUAGCCGCUGCCGCUACACUGCGAGCUCCACAGCAGGUGGAUCCGAUAGCGCCGGUGAAACUACGACUCUAAUCGCCGUUUUGUUAGCUAUUGUUACAUGUCUGCAUGCAUUAAUUUGCAGUAGCUUUGCAAAUUAAUGCAAUCACUCCUCCAGCCCGCCUCACGUAUUAAGAAAUCGCUUCGGCUGUAGCAGUCCAGUGAUGACAGGGGAGAAGAUCCGCACCUUGAGGAAAGACCACAACAAACCCAACAAGAAUGACGACAUCAUGGACACCUACGACGAGUCCUCCCAUGGUGACGGGACCACCGUCAACAACAUGGACAGCAACCCCCUCAAGACCAACAAGGCUUUCCAGCAGCAGCAGUCAGUGCCCUCCCAGCAACAGCUGUCCAACAUCAACGCCAACAACCUGAACGCUCACACGUCCAUCGGCCAUGCUCUGGUGGACGACAACAAGAACCCCAUCAUCCUGGAGGGGCUGGAGCUCCCCGUGCACGAGUGCGUGUUCAAGGCGGAUGUGAGGCGUCUCUCCUCCCUCAUCAGAGUGCACAGCAUCUCUCAGAAGGAUGUGCACGGAAAUACACCUCUUCACCUGGCUGUGAUGUUGGGUCACAAAGAAUGUGCCCUUUUACUGCUGGCACACAACGCCCCGGUGAAGAUAAAGAACGCCCAGGGCUGGAGCCCUCUGGCUGAGGCCAUCAGCUUCGGUGACCGGCAAUUGAUCACGGCCAUACUGCGGAAGUUAAAGCAGCAGUCCAGAGAGAGCGUAGAGGACAAGAGGCCCAAACUACUGAACGCUCUGCGGGAGCUCGGGGACUUCUACUUGGAGCUGCAUUGGGACUUCCAGAGUUGGGUCCCACUGUUGUCCCGGAUCCUCCCGUCUGACGCCUGUAAGAUCUACAAGCAGGGGAACAAUAUCAGACUCGACACCACGCUCAUAGACUUCUCGGACAUGAAGUGCCAGCGCGGGGACCUCAGCUUCAUCUUCAGCGGAGACGCCGAACCGGCGCAGUCCUUUGUAGUGCUGGAUAACGAGGCCAAAGUAUACCAAAGGAUACACCACGAGGAGUCUGAGAUGGAGACGGAGGAGGAGGUGGACAUCCUGAUGAGCAGCGACGUCUACUCCGCCACGCUGUCCACCAAGUCCAUCACCUUCUCCCGCAGUCAGAUCGGCUGGCUCUUCAGAGAGGACAAGACCGAGAAGGUGGGGAACUUCCUGGCGGACUUCUACGCGGUGAACGGCCUGGUGCUGGAGUCCAGGAAGCGGCGAGAGCACCUGAGCGAGGAGGACAUCCUGAGGAACAAGGCCAUCAUGGAGAGCCUGAGCAAGGGAGGCAACAUCAGCGAGCAGAGCUUCGAGCCGAUGAGGAGGCAGUCUCUCACCGCCCCGUCCUCCAACACCAUCUCCUGGGAGGAGUACAUCACGGCGGAGCACGGAAAGCCCCCUCACUUGGGGAGGGAACUCGUGUGCAAGGAAAGCAAGAAGAACUUCAAAGCGACCGUAGCCAUGAGCCAGGAUUUCCCACUGGGCAUCGAGUCGUUACUGAAUGUCCUGGAGGUCGUGGCUCCGUUCAAGCACUUCAACAAACUCCGAGAGUUCGUCCAGAUGAAACUCCCGCCGGGCUUCCCGGUCAAGCUGGACAUCCCGGUCUUCCCCACCAUCACCGCCACCGUCACCUUCCAGGAGUUCCGCUACAGUGAAUUCGAGGCGUCGAUUUUCGCCAUCCCCGCCGAAUACAAGGAAGAUCCCAGUCGCUUCCCCGAUCUCUGAUCGAUCGUGCUUGCGUUCUGUCCGCACCCCAAGGGCCCCUGGCGGAUAAGGCGGGGAAGAAACGAGGGGGGGUCGAGAUGCAAACUCCCCAUGACGGGAGAAGACCAGCGACUGACAUUUUUGUUUUCGAAGCAGAAGAAGAAUUGAGGGAUGGUUCAUCUUUUUGUGAUUUGUUUUAAAGGGAUCUUUCAUUUUAGUUUCACAUUAUUAUUGUCCGUUGUAGAUUUAACAUAAAGGUACACAUAAGCGACGUGUUUUUAGACGUUUCACACACUAGUCUUGUAUUUAACUUUUUUCUGUUCACCGUUCGAACAAGUUUUACCACUGCUCUGUGCUGCUAUCUUCUCCUGUGACAGAAGACCCACUUUGAGGUCUCUGGCCUUGUUUCAGAAAUGGAAUUGGUCUGGUCCAUUUCUGGCACUCAGAGGACCCAUUUGAAGCGUUCUCAUUUUGUCUCGGUCUGCUCCUCUGAAAGUGCACUGUUUUCCUUUUGAAGGAUUCACUCAAACACUACAUCGAGUCCUACAGCUAAAGUAUACUCCAAUAAGCUUACAUUUUUGUGUUGUAUAUACUGUACAAUUUACUCCGAGGAUCGACACUGUGUAGCAAUACAUUUACAGAACUUCAGAAUGUUUUUAAAUCAGGGGUGGGGGUUAAAGUUUGGCAUAAAACGACAGUUCUUACAGUUUAAUACCCAGGCCUUUUCUUCCAGCGCAGGGUUCUCUCUCCUGUAUCUUCAGGUUUGCUUCUGUUACCUCUUGGCUGUCUCGCUGUGUUUGUAUGGGUUCAGUUGUGUGUGUGUGUGUGUGAGCUGUAACGUAUUAACAGGGUUUGUGAGCGCGUUAAACCCAGAUGCAAUAACAGUACCUGUUGUAAUAGCACUGCACUGAUGAUAUCUGAAGCAUGCCCCUGGCUAUGUUGUCCUGUUGGAUAAAUACGUUUUUAGAAGUAUGUGCUAUCUUACUAAAGAAACUUAAAUAUUGUAAAGCAUUUCAUGCCGUUAAAAAUGUCAAGGCUGCCGGCUUGAUGUACUCCCCCAGAAUUCAUUUAAUUGCAUUAAUUUAAGAUACCACAAUUGUCAAGACUGGAAAUAGUUUCACCUUUUCAGAUGUCUCAUCUCAAAUAUAUAAAAAGCUUUAUAAACUUGACAUCCCUUUAAAUAAAGCACCAGCACAUCAAGUUA